AGCAAUGGAUGUCAGUCGCUGCGUUAAAACGCCUCGGGAAUGGCUCGGUGUGCUCUGCGCGCUGUUUUUACUCAGCGAGUCGGUUGUGUGUGACGGUGCAAACGGGAAGAGGGAGCAGGAGUGUUAUAAUUACGCCGGAGGACACGUUUAUCCCGGAGAGGCUUUCCGCGUGCCCGUAUCUGAUCAUUCCUUACACCUGAGCAAAGCCAAAAUCUCAAAACCAGCACCACACUGGGAAGGAACAGCAGUCAUCAAUGGAGAGUUUAAAGAGCUGAAACUGUCAGAUUACAAAGGAAAAUACCUGGUUUUCUUCUUCUACCCUCUGGACUUCACGUUUGUGUGUCCGACUGAGAUCAUCGCCUUCAGUGAUCGUGUGCACGAGUUUCAGGCCAUUAAUGCAGAGGUGGUCGCUUGCUCGGUGGACUCUCAGUUUACUCAUCUGGCCUGGAUCAACACACCAAGGAAACAAGGAGGUUUGGGACCAAUGAAGAUUCCUCUUCUUUCUGACCUCACUCAUCAGAUCUCCAAAGACUAUGGCGUCUUUCUUGAGGAUCAGGGACACACACUCAGAGGUCUCUUCAUCAUCGAUGAUAAAGGUGUCCUCAGACAGAUCACUAUGAAUGACCUGCCGGUGGGCCGAUCGGUGGACGAGACCCUCAGACUGGUGCAGGCCUUCCAGUACACGGAUAAACAUGGAGAAGUGUGUCCAGCUGGAUGGAAACCCGGCAGUGAUACGAUUAUCCCCGACCCUGCAGGCAAACUCAAGUACUUUGAUAAACUCAACUGAGCUUAAUGUUUCACUAAAGGGGCUUUGUUUUGUUUUGUUCUGGUUUCUGCCUUCAAAAGUACAGAAUGAAUAAAAGGGGAGUUUUGAUAAA